ACCUCUAAUGAGAGAGCGUGAUGAUCCGGCACCGAUUAUUAAUCCAUAUAAUAAACUAAUUAAAGAAGAAGCAUAAUAAUCUAAAGACGGAAAUUGAAAGAAAGAAACAGAGAGGAGCAUCUAAUGCACCAAUCGUGAUAAGGUUAUGUGAUUACGGACGAGUAAUUUAAAAAUUGACACGCGAGAUGCUGAAAACGUUCAGACUUGGUCACAAAUUUUGUCGGGUCUGUCGCGGAUCUGAGGAUUUUGCGAUGCGAAUACAGAGGAGGCUAUUCUUGUCGGAAGCGUAUCGCUGUGAGGAGGCAUGGAACCGCAGACUGGAGUCACCACUGUUGCAGAAGAUCGACCCGACGACGAUGUAUAUGCAGCUGGAGCAGAAGUUCGGGAGCGUCGGAAAGGUGAGCGCCGUCGACGUCGACAUCUUCAUCAACAGCGUCACCGAGCGCACGUUCCUCGACGAGGUAAUGAGGACCUUGCAUAAUCUCAGGCAGUCCGUGGAAACGACGAAUAUCCUUGAUUCCACGCACCACGCCGUGAUACGCUACUUCCUGCAACAUGAGUACAUUCAAGAGCUGCACGAGGUAUUGAACGACAGACUCAAUUAUGGCAUCUUCCCUGAUAACUUCGAUUACAACAUGCUCAUGGACCAUUUCAUCAAGAGGAAGGAUUACGCUUCUGCCGCUAAGGUGGCAAGUUUGGUUAUGUUGCAGGAAGAUACGGCUCAUCCUAUCACCAAUGCAUUAUGUUUAUACUCGUGCCAUAGAUAUUUGGAAAAUCCUGAAAAUUGGAAGAAACCAGAGCCUCCGGUAGAGGAUGCCUCUACAGAGGAAGUAAAGAUACGUGUAAAAUAUAUAAGAAAUCCAUACUUUGAUGACCAUUUUGAUCUCAUCGAUCCAAGAGAUCUUGUUGGUAAGACCCUGAACUUUCAGGGAAAGCAUAGGGCAGAUGCUAUAGGGAGAACUUGUCAAUUGAGAGGCUUAAUUUUGUACAAGAAGUACAAUGAUGUAUUAAACUUGAUAAAGAAGUGGUUAGAGACAAUGCAAGACAAGAUAGUUUAUGAAGAAGUAUUUGAAUUAAUAUCGAAAGAUAACAGUGGACUUCAGGAUCAAGAUGCUGAUAAGUUUAAACUUGUAGAGGCCCAAUUAUCUGCGUUGAAGGAGAAACAAAAUCUUAAAGAAAGUUUUAUCGAAGCAUUAGAGAAUCUUGUGAAAGCAGUUGUAAACAAGGAAGCUGAAAAUGAUAUAUCUAAACAAUGCCAGACUUAUCUUGAUUGGGAGCGUAAGAGAACUUUGGUAUUAGAAACACAAAUAAAAGCGAUAGAUAUAGAAAAAAGAAUUAGUAAUAUAAAAAAGAUGAAGAAGGAUUUGACAACUAGAGAGGAACUUUUAACAUUCUUUGAUAACGAGGAAAAAAUUGAAUUGCAAAUAGAGAAGAUAGAAGAGAAGGAACGCAAAGAAGAUGAACGUAUCCAUGCCAUGCACAAGAGUGCAAAGAAAUUGAGACUGUUAGUUGCUACGGAGUCCUAUAUACCACCAGAUAUUAAAAGUAAAGAUAAAAAGAGUGUAAAAUAAAAAGAGGUAGGACAUAUAUACAUAUGUAUAAAAAAUCAGAACAAAAAGUCAAUGGAACAGUUGUCUCAUUAAACUUUGAUAUUAUAUAUGUGUACUCUCCACAUAUAUUAUAUUUAUGGAAAUAAUUUUCAAGGAGAAUAUGUAUAAAAUAUUAAACGUUGAUUUUACCAUUA